AUGGUUCGGGAAAAGGAGCGAUAUCUCCUCCAUCCCGCCAUCAUCGUCCAUUACGACAUCACCCCUUCCAAGCAGGCCAGCCUCCCCCGCUACCUUUACCACCAAGCCACCUUCAGACCAACCCCAGUUCACAGCGUCAACCUCGCCGGCCAAACUGCCAUCGUAACAGGAGCGAACUCGGGCAUCGGCUUCGAAGUCAGCCGGCAGUUUCUCGACCUUGGUCUGACCAGGCUGAUCCUUGCCGUUCGAGACGAAGCCAAAGGCGCCGCUGCUGUACAAAAGCUUGCUCUCAAGCCUGAUGGAAUCAAACGUGAAUCUGCCGCCACUGUCGAAGUCUGGAAGCUCGACUCUUUCGAUUAUGGCUCUGUUCUGUCGUUUGCAAAGCGAGCAAAGAGACGCUGGAGAGACUCGACAUCAUUAUGCUGA